CUCUUCUCUCUCUCGGCAAAGAGGCUUCAGUCUCGCCUGGCCUCCUCCUCCUCCUCCUCGAUCGGAAUCGGGUGUUACGACUGCCCAGAGCAAGAGCAUCCUGCAAUUCUCGGAGUGGUAAUUUCGAAUAGCUAAUACGAUAUAUAGAGUGUUCCGUAUAUGCUUUCAGGAAUCAUUAAAGAUUGAGCUUCUCAUAUGGUCACACAGACAGGACAGUAAGUUCCUAAAAUAUAGAGAAAGGCUAUAAGGACCUUGAGCUAUGCCCGUCUCAGAGAGCAAAGAGACUGGGGUUAGAUCAGCUGCCCCGCCCUCUAUUAAUUAUGGUGCAGGAAUCCCCAUCAAGAAACGAAGGUUCCCAUUUGUUCGUCCGCCAUCUCCGCCGCCUAAGGAACCAUCACUGCCGCCGCCACCUAAGGAGCCCUCACCGCCACCUCAUGAACCAUCUCCACCACCUCAUGAGCCAUCUUUGCCAGAGAAAAUUGAUGAACAGCUGCCGAUGGGACAUGCUGCUUCAUUUCAAGGCUCCGUGCCCUCAAGUUCUGGCGUUGUUGCGGCCCCGGGAAGCGAAAAGCAAUAUUCCAACAUAAUUGAAGCUAAUGUGGGUGAUAUUAGUGUAGGGGAGCAGGAUAGUCUUAAGGAGAAGAAUGAUUGCAUGGACAAAGGAACUUUUGAGCUUUCUACAGCAGUUGUCCAAGAACCAAUGUCGAUGUUUGCUUCAGGUUCCUCAUAUGACAAGAAUAGGACGGACAAGCCCAUGAAGGAUGAAAAUCUUGUGAGACAUGAUCGGAUGCUGGGAAGAUCUGAUUUGCCAAUGGCUUUGAGCGAAAGUUGUCAUUUAAUAGUAGAAGGAUCUUGUACCAAACACAAACUUGAAGUGGAUGACAAAUCAGGUAAAUCAGUUGCUUCGUCAAUGUUGGAGGCAGGUGUGGCUUGGCAAAAGAGUGAAGGGACUUGCCUGGAUCAAGAUAAAUUUGAAAACAUCUCUUUAGAUUUGUCUCUGACCGAUGAAAAAAGCAGUCCAUCUACUGGCGAUGGGAAAAGAUCAAAUAGCGAUGCUCCUAUUCUUUGUGCUAACAGGUCAAAUUGGGAUCUUAACACAACAAUGGAUGCAUGGGAGGAUUCUGUGAGCGAUUCAGUCUGUGCCAGUGCUGAUUCUGUUUAUGGUGGGAUGAAUGCCACCGACGGCAACCAUGACAUGAAGCCCUCUACUCAUCUGCCUGGAAAGUCAUUAGAACACAAAUCUAUGGGGAGCGAAUGUAAGGGGGGUGCUCUUUCCAUGUCUUCCAGAGCAAUUGGUGAUAAUUUCAUGUCCGAAAAUUCUCUUAAUUUAGGCCUCCAACCGCCGUUCCUUCAAUCAGAUCUCUUUCAAGAGCCACUUUCGUCUGCUAGCAUUCAUGCAGGGGUGAAAUAUCCCCAGAUGCUGGCAUCUACUUGCAAGCUGAAUGUUGUUGCUCCUGUGAUUGUAAAAUCAGAACCCGUUGUUGAGUCUGUUAAACAGUCGUUUGGUAUUCUGAAGACAGCAGACAGCAGAACUGUCAAGUGCGAGUCCAGUGAUGAGCAAUUUCCGGAAGCCCAUGGGAGUCCAGUCUGUGCUACCCUACAAACUGUUAAUUCCAGAUCGAUAAAAGCUGAGCCAGGUUGUGAGGGCAUGGAAGCAUCCAGAACAAAUGAGGGUGCAUGUCUUAGAUCUUGUGAACAGACGUCAAAUGGUUCUGAGUUAUGCUCACUGGUAAAACAAGCUGGAGACACGAAUCACUUGUUGGAAACUGAAUCUUGCCCUUCUGAAUCAGCUGUAGAUCGUGGCAUGGUUGGCACUAGCGAACAUCAUGCAGAAGAGGUUCGUCAUGAUGAAGAAUCAUCUCAGGUUCGGGAAGCUUCUGAAAAUGGUAUAAAGAUUGGUUCAAAUACUAUUACAACAAAUAUUGGUCCUGGUAGUAGCGAACUUCCUUCCAGCAUGGAGAGUGCACCGGAAGCGGAGAACACUGAGAUUGCACAUUACCACGAGCGUGGUUUCAAAGCGACUGACAAGAGCCCUUCUAGUUUGAAGGAAAACGCUGAGGAUGCUGCUAGUGAUGGAGAGAAAAUUGAAAUAUCUGCCUGUAUGAUGGAAGAGGAUUGUUAUGACUCUGAAUAUGAUUCAGAUGGAAACCUUGGUCCUUCAGUGGCUGUAGAUGGAGAACAUUUCCACCGAGAUGACAAUGAGUACGAGGAUGGCGAGGUUCGGGAACAAGUCUUGCUCAGUACAUCAGCAGGACACACUGGUAAGACAGAAGUCGAAAAUGUCGGCAAUUGUGUAUCUGAGCAUAAUAGAAUUGAUUUUGGCAAGAGCUCCUGUUAUGAUUGUGCUGCUCAGCCCUCAGAGGGGGAUGAUGCUAGAGCCCAGGUCGAUGGUCAAAUGAGCGAGAACCUUAUGACAGUAUAUUCUACAGCUAAUGUGGACGACAAUCAAAAAAGUGCUGAUGAAGUUCCCCAUUUGCAAGAAUCAUCUCCGAUCGAAACGGUUGCUGUUAAUUCUGAAAUGACGAGUCUAGUGAAUACAACUGGGAAGAACGUGCUUGAUGAUUCGGUGAGCCGAAGUCCAUCAAAGGACCUGGGAUCAGAUCCAUCAUAUAGUGAAGCCAUUAAACUUCGCCCUGUAGUUGUCACCACCACUAAUUCUGUUGAUGAAGAGGCUGCAAAAACUGACAGUAUUGUGUCUGCUGGUAAUGGCGAUGAGACUGAUGCAGGUUUGCCCAAGGCAGAAGCAUCGUUGAACAGUGAAAUUGUAUCAAAGGAUGGAAUAUCUGAGGGCAAUAAGCGGCGGAUUAUAAAUUUGUCUCGAUCUAAUGUUUCAUCUCCUGACAAAGCAAGAUCUAUACCCGACAGAUCUACGCUAUGUGCUGGCAGGAAAAGAUUACCAGAUAUUGCCCUUGAGGGAGAUAAGGCACUCAGAGGGAGGGACGGAUAUCGUGAUGAUGGUUUUAACAAAUUUCCAAGAGAAAGGAAUCAAGAUAUGUUUUCUCGGAACUCCAGAUCAAACUUUGCGCGCGAUAGGGGGAGAGUUUCGUAUGACAUCAGUGGCAAUUGGGAUUCUGAGCAGGAAUUGGGUCCAAAAGUUUAUAACGGUUUUUCAGAGUUUCGUCCUAGCAGAUACAAUUUUAGAAAUUACAAUGGUGCAACAGAGGAUGGUGUUGGUGGUGCCAGGCGGGGAGGAAGGAGGCUUUUGACCGAUGAGGGACCGAAUUUCCGUCAUCUGCCCUCGAGGAGGCGCUCCCCUGGAGGAAGAGAUGGGCCUGCAGCUCGAGGCCAACCUAUGGUUGGUGGAAUACCAAGAAACAUUAGCCCUGCGAGAUGUAUUGAUGUUUCUGAUUCUGAAAUUGUCGGUUUGAGGCAUGGAAACAAGUUCAUGAGAGACUUCCAGGAUGAUAAUAUGGAACCAAUUUUUGCUUGUCAAUCUUCGUAUGGGGAAACUGAUGGUUUUAUUCGGGGGGACAGGAAUAUUACAUCCUUCAAGGGCAAAGUUUUUCCUCAUGUUCGUUCCAAAUCUCCUUUGAGAUUAAGUAGGUCUCCUGUUGAAUGGUCGCCCAGGAGAAGAUCUCCAGAAGGAUUUGGUGGCCAUCCGCCAUUGACUCAUAGGAGAUCUCCGGCAUUGUACAGAAGGAACAGGAUGAGAUCACCUGAGCGCACUUGCUUCCAUGGUGAGAUGAUGAUUAGAAGGCGGAAUUCUCCUCCUUAUGCGACCCAACCGCUUGAUGAGUUGAGAGAGAUGAAUUCUGGAAGGGACCACGGUUUUCCUCGGCCUAUCAUGUCCAACAGAAGCCCAUCUGGGAGGAUUUCACUGAGAAAUCGAAGAUACGAUAUUAUUAAUUCACGAGAAAGGACACAUGGCGAGUACUUUGGGGUGCAUAUGCGCUCUAGCCGUUUCCAUGAACUAGGUGGAGAUGGAGACACUGAUGAGAGGAGAAGGUUGGGUGAAAAGCAUGGGCCUGUUCGCCAUUUUAGGCCUUAUGGUGCUAAUGGGGAGAGUUUUAUGUACAAUGCGGAUGAAGCAUCUAGGUCAUAUAGGCUUUGUCCCGAAGAUGAUCCAGCAUACCAUAAAAGAGGCAGCUCAAGGGAACCGCAAUUAGACAGGAGGAAUAAGAAUCGGGCUGGAGAUGUGCAUAAAGCAAGAACAGUUGACGAGCAGGAAGGCAAUCACAGGCAUGGAGGACUGUCUGAUGAAUUUGACGAUGCUUCUCGGAGUAAAAGAAAAAGGUUUUGAUGAGGUCCUAGUAUGGAUUUACAUGAGGAUGGCAUGUCUUGCUGGGGAUGACAACUAAUGUACAGAAACAUCUUUUGAUAAAUGGUAUCCAAAUUAUUGAUGCAUGUGGUCCCAGCAGCAAGUUGAGGGGACAUGAUCUAUCCAAGUAAUAAUUCCGUUGUCAGAUUCAUCAUGCAAAUUUUUGAGCUGACUUGAAUUUUGUGAAUCGAGUAGGGGACAUUUUGAUGAAUCAGACCUUGUAUAAACUGGGAGGCCCCUUUCAGAUGUUGAUUUGUGCUUAAUGAAGAAGAUACUUAACAGCAAGCAUUCCCUGCCUGAUGUGGAAUCAUUAGUUCGUCCGUAACUACCUGCUAGUCAUCGUCUCUACAAGGAUGACAUCCAAUGAGUUUUUUAGCCGUCCUAGUACAUGUGUAAGGCUGUUAAAAGAAAUCCAUUUUGAUGAAUUGUCUAUCUCGCGUUAAAGCUUCUUUGGAGACUUCUCUGCAUGGUCAACUUGGAUAAACACUCAGUAUAUGAUUCCUUGCUUGUGAAGAUGCAUGCUUCUUAGUCCAACUCAUCUAUGCUGGCACCGGGAGCUAAUAUUGCUUAGGGCCUUUAGAUGUUUUGGAUAUCUGGCUUAAGAGUCGAGUUUCUCUUUCUUCUCUUGCUGCAACUCCUGCUUGGGGUUUAAAGAAUUACUGCAUUAGUCUCAUUUUAAUAGAGAAGCUGGUGGAGUGGAUACUGAUGAGUCUGCUUAUGGAAGACUUCUUACCUUGAGGUUCUGGGGAGAAAAUGCACUAGCAUUUUGGUAUCUUCAGCAUGUUACCAAUGUGAGGUACCAUUGAGUCCAAGGCAAUGUUUGGUUGGUGAUUGCUUGGAGGUAUUUUGUCACUGCAGAGUUCAUGGCAGUAAUCCUUUGAGGCAGGGUUUUUGGAGGCUAUUGGUUUGCCCCUUGUUGAUUCAAAUAUGGAGACGGUUGAUUUGUUCAUCAGCAUUCACUGUCGCCAGGACAUGUUUUUGUGUUCAUCCGAAGAGGAGUCCUCUAUUGACUUCAAAUUUCGAAGUGCUCAAAGUAGUCUCUCUAAGCUGUUCUGACUUAUUUUAGGAAGCCACCUACUCUGAUCUUCUGGUCGACCUUUCAGUGGACAUAGUUGUCUUUUUGCAUAGUCAUUGGAAUUGGCCAAGAGCAGGCAACUCAUUGGAAUUGCCCCCUCCUCCAGUGAAGUCGCUGAACAGGUGAUUGCCAGAGAAUAUUUUGUUUGACCAUUGAGGACGAGGCUUCUGGACUCAAAUCACCUCUGCUGCCUCAGUUGGCAAAUGAUGAGUCCAUGAGACUGUAUUUGGCUGGUCAUGUGUGUGGGGUUUCAGAACUAUGACCGCAAAAAUGUGUAGGUUUCUGCUCUUAUUUCUCUGGGCAUGACAUCACAAAGGGCAGUGAUGUUCUGCUUCUGACGAAGGGUGUUGAUGUUCCGUUUCUGGGUGGCUAACAAAGUUUAGUCAUUCUUGCCAAUUGCCAUAUGACUCUCUCAGUCCAUUGCACUGUACCCGGAUUGCUUUAGAUAUUCGAUUCACCGAUGAUUUUCAAGGCUGUAGCUCGUUCCAGCCUUCUGGACUUAAAUGAUGGUAGGAAUAGGAAUUGAACUUUUAACCACAUCACCUAAUGACAACAGCAAGACCUAGAGCAAAUGUGAAGAUGGUUUUGUAGAUCUUGAGAUAUCACUGUGACGAUUACUAUCACCCUAGAGAACACUCUACCCUGGGAUGCAGCCACUGAUGUGUAACCUCCACACUUCUGUUUCUUACAGUACUCUGACCAUGCCAGACACAACUGAAUUUCCAUA